AUGUCGAGGGGCACAAUUCCGAUCCUCAGGCAGGUCCUCUCCGGCGGUCGAUCCGCAGCCGCGACCCGAUCCGUGACGUACAUGCCCCGCCCCGGCGACGGCAACCCCCGCCCCGUGACCCUGAUAGCCGGAGACGGCGUGGGACCGCUCGUCACUGGCGCAGUGGAGCAGGUGAUGGAGGCAAUGCACGCGCCGGUGUAUUUCGAGAAAUACGACGUCCAUGGCGAUCUGAAGAGCGUGCCGGCGGAGGUGAUCGAGUCGAUUAAGAAGAACAAGGUCUGCCUCAAGGGGGGUUUGAAGACGCCUGUUGGCGGUGGGGUGAGCUCGCUGAACGUGAUGUUGAGGAAGGAGCUCGAUCUUUAUGCGUCCCUCGUGCACUGUUUCAAUCUGAAGGGGCUUCCCACCAGGCACGACAAUGUGGAUAUCGUCGUGAUUCGGGAGAAUACUGAGGGAGAAUACUCAGGCCUCGAGCAUGAGGUUGUUCCUGGAGUUGUUGAAAGCCUGAAGGUCAUAACAAAGUUCUGUUCCGAACGGAUUGCAAAGUAUGCCUUCGAGUAUGCCUAUCUGAACAACAGGAAAAAGGUCACUGCCGUGCAUAAAGCAAAUAUCAUGAAGCUUGCAGAUGGUUUAUUUUUGGAGUCGUGUCGUGAAGUUGCUAGCAAGUAUCCUAGUAUCCAAUACAAUGAGAUGAUCGUGGAUAACUGCUCCAUGCAGCUUGUUUCUAAACCAGAGCAAUUUGAUGUGAUGGUGACUCCUAAUCUCUAUGGCAAUUUGGUUGCAAAUACAGCUGCUGGCAUUGCUGGUGGUACUGGAGUCAUGCCCGGGGGUAAUGUGGGGGCCGAUCAUGCUAUUUUCGAGCAAGGUGCUUCUGCUGGUAAUGUAGGUAACGAGACAUUGCUGGAGCAAAAGAAGGCAAAUCCGGUAGCUCUGCUCCUUUCUUCAGCUAUGAUGCUAAGACACUUGCAAUUUCCUUCAUUCGCUGAUCGACUAGAAACUGCUGUGAAGCGCGUUAUUUCAGAAGGAAAAUACCGGACAAAGGAUCUCGGCGGAGAUAGUACCACACAAGAAGUUGUUGAUGCUGUCAUUUCAAAUCUUGACUGA